UCGGGAAAAUUGAAAAUUAGAAGAAUUAGAAGAAGAAGUUUAAAUUAGAAGGAAUAAGGUUUUUUCUAAAUUUUAAAUAAUGUAUAAGGCUGUUUGGGAACUUAGGACAGACUAGAGUUUAUACCUGAAUAUUAGUCCACGGCAGAUCCAACAGGUUGUUGGGAAUACACGUGCUCGUAGGCGUGCUGCUUAGUUUACUCCGAGUUUAAUUGGAUUUGAUUAGUAUUAGAAACAUAUACGCUAUGAUACGCAAGGUGCCGCUGAUUGUAAUCCUCGGUUCCACGGGCACCGGCAAGACGAAGCUAUCGCUGGAACUGGCGGAGCGCUUUGGCGGCGAGAUAAUUAGUGCCGACUCCAUGCAGGUGUACACGCAUUUGGACAUUGCAACAGCCAAGGCCACGAAGGAGGAGCAGGCGAAGGCCCGACACCAUCUCCUGGACGUGGCCACUCCGGCCGAGCCCUUCACCGUCACUCACUUUCGCAACGCCGCCUUGCCUAUACUUGAGGGACUGCUCGCUAAAGCCAAGCCGCCCAUAGUGGUCGGUGGAACCAAUUACUACAUCGAGUCAUUGUUAUGGGACAUUCUCGUGGACUCUCAAGAGAAGCCCGCUGCCCUCUUGGAGCAGAAGUUGCAGGAAGGAGAACUGGCUAGCAUGACCACCUUGGACCUACACAAACACCUGGCUCAAAUAGAUGUGGGUAGUGCCAACCGCAUCCACCCCAACAACCGGCGCAAGAUAUUGCGGGCCAUUGAAGUCUACCAAGCCACCGGGCAGACCCUGACCAAUAUGCUGGCGGAGCAGCGUGGGCAGCCCGGUGGCAACCGGUUGGGCGGACCUCUGCGUUAUCCCCACACCAUCCUCCUGUGGCUCCGGUGCCAGCAGGACGUCCUCAACAAGCGGCUGGAUGCCCGAGUAGAUGGAAUGCUGAAACAAGGCCUGCUCCGGGAGUUGCGGGCAUUUCACAACGCACACCAUGCUGUCACAGUCGAGGCGUACACCUCGGGGGUCUUGCAGACCAUUGGCUACAAGGAGUUCGUGCCAUAUUUAUUGAAGUUUGAUGAAGAGCAGGAUUCAAAGAUAGAGGAGUAUCUGAAGAAUCACAACUUCAAACUUCCUUCUGCCGAGGAACUCAAGCAGGAGGGGCUUCCAGAGGGACUAGAAAUCCUACGCGGUUGCUGCGACGAGCUGAAGCUGGUUACCCGACGCUACUCCAAAAAGCAGCUAAAGUGGAUCAACAAUCGGUUUCUGGCCAGCAAGGAUCGCCAGGUGCCAGAUCUCUACGAACUGGACACCAGUGACGUGGGCGCCUGGUCGGAGGCGGUGUACCAGCAAGCGGAGGCCAUCAUCGAGAGCUACAGAAAUGAAGAAGCCAGCGGAAUUGAACCCAUGGCUAAAAGGGAGCAUCCUGGAAGCGGCUUGGACGAGGAGUCAAGCCACUUCUGUGACAUCUGCGAGAGGCACUUCGUUGGGGAAUACCAGUGGGGGCUGCAUCUCAAAUCCAACAAGCAUAAACGCCGGAAGGACGGGCAGAGAAAGAGGCAGAGGGAACAGGAGAUGAAACAAACUAUGGAAGAACUCCAGGAGAAGAAACAGAAAAGAGCGGACGAGGGGGAACCCUCGUCGGACGAAGCGGAGGCAGCCGUCAGCCGAGUCACUGAUACUGAUAAGGAAUUGUAAACCAGUCUCCGGCCUGGCAAUAAAUACCUACGUAAAUUUGA